AUGUCGCUGCGCAUUGGCACGGUAAGCGUGCCGAACUGGCCGCAGCUCCGCCAGCCCAGCAGGCCAACGCAAGCAUCGACGCCAACGCCUACGCCCACGCCCGCGUCAACGUCAACCGGGGCCAAUAACAGCGGCAACAGUAGCAGCGGCCUGAACACCGCCCUCGAACAGCCGUCGCCCCUCGAGCCGUCGCACUCCCCCGACACCGUCUCGAGCGGUAAUUCGACCAUCAGAGGCCGCGACCCGAUGAGGCUGCGCGUCGAGCCGCCACGAUGGACCAUUACUGUCAACGAGUCGUUUGCCCGCGACGAGGUGCUCCUCAACCUCGACGUGGUCGGCGACGACAUUAAGCCUGGCGCUCUGAUGGCCAUUGAUGUCUUGAGGCCCGAGCCCGACAAGCCCAGCUACAAGCCGCAGCAUCUGCAUGACCGCCCCAGAGAUAGAGAUGCUGCCUCGCCCUCGACCGCUGCCGCCAAAACGCCCGAGAGCGAGCGGCGCUACAUCUUCGUCGUCAAGGACAUGCCCAAGGAACUCAAGGCCCGCCACCCCAACGUCGAAGUCUACGUCGCUAAGCACAUUGCCGACGUCUUCGGCAUGAGGAAAGGCUCCCAGGUUGCCCUGACCCCAAUCGAUGCAUUAAAUCCGGCGGUAGAGGCCUCCCACGUCGAACUCUGCUUCAAGGACCAGUAUCUCUCCCGAUCCGACAUGUGGCGCCUAGCUGUUGGAGAGCUGUCUGAGAGGACAGUCUACAAGGGCCAGAUGGUCUUGUUCAUGGGCACCGUCAAGGCACAAGUGACGGCCGUACACGUCGGCGGCCGCAAGGUCCAGUCGGCCUUCUUUGGGUGUGACACCAAGCCCAUCUUCCGUAGCGAGUCUGCCCGCUAUGUCCUCUUUAUCCAGAUGGCCCGCGAGAUGUGGGACUUUGACUCGGAUGGAUCCGGAGAGAUCAUCUUCAACAGGGUCGUCAACGGCUUCCUCCCCGCUCUGUUCAAGAAGUGGGCCACCCUCAAAGUGAAGCAUCUCGUCAGCAUCGUCUUGUUUGCCCGUGUCGAGUAUGAUACGGGCAUCUCGGUCGGCCUUCCCACCGCCGCAAUGCACAAUGAUUACUAUACCAGCGUCCACUCGUCUGGAGACCGCCGUCCCUACAAGGACUUCUACCGCGUUGUUGUUAGCGAGAUGGCAAGCGGCGAAUGGACAAAGAUUCUCUACCAGCUGAAGCGCGAGUUUAACCAUUUCCGCAAAGACAUAAGCACGUAUCAUCAGGAAGCCUUGGCCUCGGUCCUCGUCUCGGAGGACUCGGCCGACCGAGAUGGGUUUCCAAACACAAUAAAGGCCGAGGCGUGUAAAGCUAUCUAUGGCAAUUUCCUUGAGGCCAUCAACAUGGCCUUGUCGCUGUACGCCCACGACUACAUUGACCGGGACCUGAUGAGGACGGGCAUUUCUAUUGUCGUGAUAAGCCCCAGUCCCGGCGUGUUUGAGGUUGAAUACGAGCCCUUGCGCCGCACAACCGAGGCGUUGGUGGGAACCGGCGUUGGCAUUGACUUGAUCUGUCUUCCCAAGAUUCCCCUGCAUUCGGUGCCGCUGUUCCGAUACCGCAAUCCGCAGUACAUGGAUCUAGUACAGCGCAGGUCAAGAUUGGCACUCAGCCACGGCAGCACGCCCAAGCAAAAUACGCCCGCUUUUGGGAGUUAUACCACCAUUUUUGGCUCCUUCUCUCCGGGUAAGGGAGCCGACAGCUCGCUUCGCGGGCAACCCUCUGGUACAAGUGCUUCCGAGGACGAGUGGUGCUAUGUAUUGCCCCAGUGGCUUCAUGUCUCGUACUGGACUGGCGAGUCCGAGGAAGAGCUGUCGUAUCACGGCAUUGCCUUGUCAGUCUCCGACGUCUCCCGGGUGCAGUCUAGUGAAGAAUUCCCAGUGCGCUGCCGCAUGUAUGACCUCCAGAUGCGGAGCGUGAUGGAGACCAAUGAGAUCGAGACGAAGCCGCUACACUUGGAUCCCCUAUUUCCACUAAAGGCGAUACAGGGAAAUCACGUCUCAAAGCCGCACCUCGGCAUCGAUGGAAACGUCUUUAUCCAGAACCUCAAAGUCCAAGAAACCCUAUUUGACCACGUGUACGGGUUCCGAAAAUUCGUGCCAGACAAGAGUAGCAAGCGUGGAGAGAAGUCGAUCUGGAAGCACUUGCAGGAGUACGAUGAUUCCAGGGCACAUCUACCGUUAUCACGGCGGAGCUCGGCCUAUCCCAGCAAGCGCCGUCGUGACCAUGAGGUUACCCCAAGGCGGCAUGUCUUGGGGGAUGCAGGUGCUUUUAGGUCUUCGUACAUGGAUCGAAAAUUCCCGACUGGCACCCCUCAAGCCAUGGCACCAGCUCUACUGACUCCCUCGUAUCGAUCAGGUGUCGACAGUUUCGAGAGUAAGCCUGUAACUAGUUAUGGGGGCACUCGGACAGACAACUCGAGCUCGAGUUCAUCCAAUUUCAGAACCCCAAAAUUCAUGCGCCAUAUCAGCCUCGGCAACCGAGGCUUUGGGAUUGCUGCCCCAAAGAUUGCUACUGCCGAAGUAGUCGCCGAGAGCGUAGCGGCUUCGAGGACAAUGACGGCGCCUCGCCAUUCCCAAGAUCCUAGAAUGGCCCCAAUCAGGGCGGAACCGCGACCAAGUUCGCCCCAGAAAAUGACUGGUCUGCCACCCACACUAUUCCAGGGAGCCGCGUCGCCACACUCGCCUGCUCAGGGGCAGGGACCACAGCUGCCUCCAAACACCCCAACCAGACCGAUUAUUAUAAGGAACCAACAGUUGUCAGUAGACCCCGGCACGCUCAACCUGUCAGAAUCCGUCCUUUCAUCCACUCUUAGGCCAGACGUGGUUGGCCGUGACCGGGACCUACAGUACUCGAAUGCCAUCAGAGCAGAGGAUGCGAUGAAGCUCUACAACUCCAAACUCCUCGCGGGGGCAUUGCCAGAACUGCCAUCGACGCUCUCCCCAACGGCAACAUUGUCACCCUGGCUGACACCGCUCAAUCCUUGCAACCCCGAUUCCAAUAGGGUUGACAUGGCAACGCUAUAUAGCCGUUGGCAGCACGUCUUCCCCAGACCUCAAGAGAUGAGGGUCAUGACAUGGAAAUCUCUGUGCUCGCCGGCUGCCGUUCCUCUGACGUCGGAAUACUUUCCAACCAAGGCCCAGUUUGAAUCUGAGUACCAACGCCAGCCCUAUAACGUUUCGCAGGAUAUCGACGAAGAGACAAACGAAGAGCCAAGGUCGCGCGAUGAACUGCUCAGGGAGCUGAUUAGUUUGAGAUUCUCCCAGGGCUUCCAGAUCGUAGUCGGGCCGGCUGUCGCAAAGGCUUUCGGCCAAAAACAACUGAGGGUGGCCGAUGUAUUUUCUCGCAACCACAUGGCAGAGGACGGGGCUAGCGUUUUCAUGUCGGUCGGCACCACAAUCCAUCAACUAUCGUGCGUCAGCGGAACCGAAGUUGAAGUCAACAUCUUUGUCCGCAAGCCCGUAGACACCUUCACGCCAGUCUUUGGCGGCAGUGCCUCUUACAAGCCGGCAAUCCGCACGUUGUUGGAUUGUGGUUACCAAACGGUCGAGUUUGAUGCCAUACCCGCCAAACCCGAGAUAAACUGGAACUACAUCGACUCGUUCGUUGCUGGACAGAAUGAUGAGCUGACCGAGCCGCUGCGAUUUUGGCGUGCCAGGUUUGUUUUGAUACCAAUGAGUGCCCGACAUCCGUCGGUUCCGAGGACACAGGCGGGCGAUAGCGAAGAAGAAAUUCGGAUUGAAGGCAUCAGGAAAUUAGCUCAGCUAUGGCAGAAACAUCGCUACAUCCCGCCAAACGAACGCCGAUUUCAAGGACCAGGGGCGCCUCGACGUAAGAAGGAUACCAACCCACUGGACAUCAUCUAUAAAACCGAAGACCCCUCGGUCGUGAUUGCUGCCGAGCUUGAGACGCUGCCGCUUUUGGAGGGGCUCGAAGGACUGCCCCGCAAAGGUCAGCUCGUGAGGAGCAGAGAGCAAUUUCAAAAGAAGAACCUGAGUCUCGCUGCGCUGGCAGAGGCCAUACAGCAGCCGGUCGAGAACGGAGGGGUACGUAUGCAGAACCGCCGUUGGCAUCUGCGUCUUCACUACAACUGUUUCAUCGGGUCAGACAUGACAAGCUGGCUCAUGGAUAACAUUGAAGACCUCGAAGACCGCGAGGAGGCCGAGGCGCUAGGCAACCAGCUCAUGGUAACCAGCGAAGACAGGCUGAAAGAAAAGGAGAAAGAGAAGGAAAAGGAAAAAGAGAGGGACGGAGGCAAGGACGCCAAAAGGGAAGGAGGGCUCUUCGUCCACGUUGAGAAACGGCAUCCGUUCAGAGAUGGACAAUACUUUUACCAGAUCUGCAGCGAAUAUGCGAAGCCACACCCGCCCAGUUGGUUUCAGACAAAGCGGAUGCAAAUGUCUGUUCCCUCGACCCCCAUGGCGGAGAACCUGCCUCGAGACUCUCCGCGGUCAGGGCUUUCGAGGCCAACCUCAAUCCACGAAGGAAAUUCGCCGUCAUCGGGCGCCACGACACCGACAGCGCCCAUGAGCGGCGGCGGUAGCGGUGGUAAGAAACCAAAGGUUGUCUUGAGCAAGGUGAUCAAGUACGACGUGGACCACCGGAAGCGGUCCUACCGGCAAGAAAUAGUCGAGCUGCACUAUGACAGGCUACACAAUCCCGACAACUGCUACCACAUCCGGAUCGACUGGAUGAACGUGACGGCGAAACUGAUCGAAGAUGCCAUUGAGAACUGGGCACGGGAAGCCGCGUGUUAUGGCCUCAGGCUUGUCGAGGUGCCGAUUGCAGAGGCGUGCGCCAUCACGAACACAAACCCAUUCCGGCAGCCAUAUCUAAUAAAGCUUGCCGUGCCUCCGCCAGACCAGCCACCCGCGACAUACUACGACCCCACGUCGUUUGCGCCGCAAGCACAGCCCGGCCGGCACUUUUACCAAAGGGCAAUUCUCAGAAAGUUUGACUACGUGCUGGACGUGGAGGCGGCUUCUAACUUCCCAAGCAACGUAGACAUUUCGUAUUCGUGGGGGAAGCCGGAUUUCCGAUACACGCAGUACAUCCACCGGUCCGGCGUGGUGCUAGCAGAGAUCACAGACGACGGCAGCAUCCUAGUCCUUGCCAACCGGCUCUAUAGCAACAGGGCCGCGACGGCUCGCGAGAAGGAGAUGCAGAAGGAGCUACGCGGCGAACAACAGCAGGGAGGUUCUAUGGACCGCAGCGUCGGCAGCGGUAGUCUUGGGCUAGGAGGCGGGCGCAUGCCCACACCGGGCUCAUAUGGCUUCCCGGAGCCGACGCCCAUUUCGUCGCCGUCAGUCAGGCCUACCUCUUUCCUUUCCCCGAUGGUGCGGCCGGUAGCCGUCGGUGGUGGUGGAGGAGGAGGAGGAGGGGGAGGUAUGAUUAGCGGACCACCAUCAGCCGGUGGUGGAGGAUUCGGCACGCCGGGACAGCUCAAACCAGCGGGCGGGGCUUUAAGCGGCCUGGAACCAGAGACGGUCAAGGAUGACCUCGAAGCCUUCUGCUCAGAUGCCCCAGCUCUCGAGAGCUUCUACAAAGAAAUCGUGGAGAAUAGGGGCACACAGCAGCAGCAGCAGCAGCAGGCAGGUUCGGGGGCGGUUAUGGUGACGCCGUUAGCGACGCCUCACAGUAGUGCGAUUCUAGACACAAACAUUCCGGUUCUCGGGCUGCCUCCGGCAGUGUUGGGCUCAGACCCGUACGGCGCGAGCGCGAGCUCAAGCCCGCGGAUGGGUAGCCCGGCGCUCCCAACGCUCAUGAUGUUGAGGCGGGGCAGCGUGCAGCAAGAUGUAAUGACGAUGGGCUUGAGGAUCGGAACGGGAGGCAGUGAGCGUGGCAGUGGCAGUGGCAGUGGCAAUGGUAAUGGUAAUGGUAACGGCAACGGUAGUGGUGUGGGGGACAGAGAGAGACGCUAA